AUCUGAAAAAUUUGUCAAACCAAAAUUGUUAUAUUUAUUUUUUCAUGAAAUAGUGUAGCGGUAAAUUAAGUGCACUGCCUAACUAGAAGCAAGUCCUGGGAAGUAUCUAGUCCAGACAGAGGUGUAUGACGAAUUGAAUUCAGCACGUGCUUAAAUUAUAUGUAAAUAACACAAUGUUGGAAGUGGACAAAAUGUUGGAAAAAUGCGGCGAUUUCCAUCGGCAGCAGCUAAUCAUGCUGCUACUCUCUUCUCUGAUCAGUUUACUAUCGUCCCUGCAUUCCCUAUCAUACUCAAUUACAAAUACUGUGCCAAAGCAUUGGUGUGCUGAUGGGCUGGGCUCGGGGCCUCCACCACCAAAUGCAGACGAAUGCAAGCCAUUCUAUACUAACUCAAGCACCUCUGGCACCUGCAAAAAGUACAACUAUGAGCAUUACAUGGGCUUUCAGAGUUUUGUCAGUGAAAUGAACUGGAUAUGCGAUGAAAAGUCGAAACUUAGCGUGGGAAGCUCGGUGUUUUUUGCGGGCUGCGUGAUAGGCAAUCUAGUUAUGGGUUAUUUUGCAGAUAGACUGGGUCGGGUGCCCAUGCUUGUUUUUGCCAAUGUCAUGACCAUAUUGAGCAACUUUUUGACAAUCUUUGGCAUGAGUCUGGAACUUUUUUGUAUAUAUCGAUUUGUUAUUGGUCUAGUCUUCAACAGCAACUUUUCGAUUAUUCGCAUUCUUCUUGUGGAAUAUAUGCGUCCUUCUUUGCGCACCGUUUGCGUGAACAUCUGUUACGGUUUAUUUUUAUGUCUGGGCAUGAUAAUUUCACCUUGGAUAGCGAUCCUCACAGGUAGUUGGCGCCGUUUCAUGCUUCUCGAAGCGCUGCCAAUAAUUGUGGUGCCGUUUUUCUUUUAUUUUGUGCCGGAGAGCGUACAAUGGCUGAUCUCAAGGCAGAAAUAUGACGAGGCUAUAGAAUCCCUGAGACGUGUGGCCAAGACUAAUGGCCGCCAAAUUGAUGACAGCGUAUAUGAGGAAUUCAUUGAGGACUGCAAAUUAAGUCAGCAAAAUACGAAGACCAAUCCAAAUCUGCUGCACCUCUUCGGGAUGCCGCGCCUACGCCGGACCUUGUUAAUAUUGUUGUUUGAAUACUUCGUAUUUUCUUUCUACAAAAGUAUCGUCACUUAUCGUUUGAGCGGGGUUGAGAUUUCGCCUUUUGUACUUAUCUCACUGUCUGUAACUGCCUUAUUGCCUUCCAGCUUGACAGCAAUUGUCCUGCAAGAUCGUAUCGGACGCAAGACGUUGGCUUUUACAAUUGUACUCAUCAAGUGCAUUUCCGUCUUGGUAGAGGGCGUCGUCUUCUUACACUAUGCUAAUCGCUCCCCCAAAACGCAGCUUACGUUUUAUGUUAUUGCGGCUUUUUUUAGCUACCUUUCCUUCGACUCAAAUAUACAGUACGCAUUAGAGGUGAUUCCAACAUGUGUGCGUGGUCAGGCAUUGGGGUCUCUCUAUGCCAUAAGCUUCGCGAGCGUAGUAUGUGAAAAUUGCGUUUUGAACAUGCGUAAAAUCUUCUUCCCGCUGCCGGAAAUCAUUCUAGGCGUGCUCACAUUGCUGCUUGCCGGAUUGAUCCUGCUGCUGCCGGAGACACUGGAUCGCACGCUACCCAGUUCACUGGAGGAUGGCGAGCAGCUUGGCAUUGACGAGCAUUGGUACACAUUUAGGUGUAUGCAGAAGCACAAGCAGCCGGAAGAGCUGGAUAGCUCGUUGGCACCGCGAAAUGGAAUAUAAGAAGCUGGAACAUUUAACUCAAUCAUAUCCAGAGAAGGCAGCCAAAAUUUGCAUAGUUGUCGAGCAAUUAAUAGAUUUCAGGCAUUUAUUUCUAUUGCUAUUUUUAUAUAUCGCAUUUGCCGCAUGCCCCGUGCGGAUUCCAUUGAACAGGCAGCGGAAAUGACAUCGUUUAGCUGCCAGCUUUGUGGCCAGCUCUGUGUGUGUGUGUGUGUGUGUGUGUGUGUGAGAGUCGCGUAAUGAGCGUCAAGAUAUUUUGAAAUUCCUGGCCGGGUGGGGCUGCCACUCACCUGCCCAAAAAAAAAUUGGGGGAGAGAAUUGGGCGAAAAUUCCCACUCACUAAAAAGUCAAAAUCUCAAACAAUUGUUGGCGGCCGCAAACGAUGCCAAUAGCCCAGAGCAACAACAACAACAUGCACAGAGGAAGAGCAAAAGUACCACAAGCAAAGAGAGCACAGAGUGUCAUGUGAAUAUCAAUGAAAAAGAGCAAAUGCACAGCAAGGGAAAUACGCUGACUGGAAGCGUGCGUAUAAGAGUGCGCACAGGGAAAUUGCAUUUGGUACAUUUUGUAGCUUGUGCUGAGCUGUUGGCAGUUGAAUGCUAGUAAAAGGGAAAUUUACUCUUAGCAGCAAAGGGCACAGCGCUGACUGGAAGCGUGCGUAUAAGAGUGCGCCACACGCAGGGGAAAUUUCGAUGGUACAUUUCGUGGCUCGUAAUUCAAAUCGUUUUCUUGCUGUCGACUUUCACUUGUUGCCACACGGGGCAGCAAAAUGUGAGGCGCAAAUAUGCGAAUGAGGCAUGUCCCAGGGUUAACGUAAUAAAGUCAGAUAUUUAAGCAAAUAUUUAAUUAAAAUGAUUUUGAUACGUUAUAAAAGCUGGGCCGCGCCAAAGAGCCAAUGGCCAAUGGACGCUUAACGGAAGCGGAAAAAUGAGAUUUAUGAUCUGCACAAUGGGCAAUGGGGCGGGCAGGCAGGUGGCAAGUACAGGUGCUGAUGGUGCCGGAAUCAUUUCGUAGGAAGGUGGAGAAACAGCAAAUGUGUAUAAAUAAAAGUAUCUGUGUGCAUGCCAUAAAUGCCGUAUGAAUUAUUAAAAUAAAAGUAAAACGGAAACAUAACAAAGGUUCAGCAACAUUUAUGACAGGAAAACGCGAAACGCAGCGCAGAACCCAACAAAAGAGAUUGCCCUGGCACGCAUCUAAAACGAGAUAUGCCACGCCGGAAAUAAGCGCCGCAUAUAGUAGCCCAAAAAAUACACACACACACACACACACACACACACACAUUGGCACAGACUCUGUGUUGUUUACAUACUGCCAGUUCAAGAUUCCCUACAAGUAGGCUUCAUUUACCAGGCAAACGAGAAAAAGAAGAAUGAAAAAAACAGCACAGCACACAUCAAUGCAACAACUAGAGCUAAGCACGACUACUAGAUACCCUAUGACGAAAUAUGGCCAGUUUUAUCAGGCGUAUGAUAACCAUAAGUCAAGUUAUAUUUAUAUAAUGACAAGGAAGUACAGCUAGCUAUAGCUUAAAUACUCUUGCGGGCAUAUGACUCACAGCUCGGCA